ACCUACACAUAUAAUUCAAGGUAGAUUUUUUUAUUUAAUACAUCAAUAUAAAGCUCGGUACUCGGUACGAUUUCUUCAUUUUACAUAAAGUGCUAGUCAAGUCGUAUCACUUCAGUAAAUCGUUUUUUGUUUGUGAUAUUCGUCGAAAAUGAGUUUAAGAGAAAAUAAAAUGCCUCCUGGAGGAGUUUGUCAUGAUCUUUGGGGCGCUGAGUUCGUAGGAUCUCCGUGUCAUAAUAGGGUCUUAAAACCACCAGGUGGUGGAAGUAGUGACAUAUUUGGAACAGCAUCAUGCGAUGAAGUUAAUCCUCAUAAACGUGGUACAAAUCAGAAGAAUCUCCAAAGUUCCAUUAUUUUGGGUGGACAAACUCCAAAACAUAGUAAUGGUACAGUUGCCGCCAAUGGAAACUCAGAUAAACCUGCUAAAGCUAAUGAUAUUAAUGUUGAAUCUCAAAUUGCUAAUGAUAAUAAGGUUGAGUCUAAAGUUGUUAAUAAUAAUAAUAUUGAGCUUAAAGUCGCUAAUGAUAAUUAUGUUGAGUCUCAAAUUGUAAAAGAAAAUAUUGAGAAAAUAUGUGUAACUCCAAGUAAUAAAGCUUUUAAUUUUGAAUCUGCUUCUACCAAUAAAACUAAUUGUCAAAGAUGGUCUUAUAAGAAGAAAGAUGGUAAUCCAGUGACUGGGGAAGGUUAUGAAGCUCCUAAGGCAACAGCUACACCAGCUCAGCAUGUUUCUGCUCAAUCAGAACCAGCUCCAGAACAAAAGAAGGCAAGCCGUGUGCCACCAGGUGGAUAUAGUUCUGGGUUAUGGUAAUUGCUGAGCCAGAAAGACCAACCAAAAUUUUGUCACAAUUUAUACAUCGCUUUUGUAUUUCUAUGAUAUAUUGAUGAUCUUUGAUCAUAUUUCAUCAAUAAAAUACUUAUUUAUAGUAUAUAAGAAAAUGACUACUUUCAGUAUAUGAAAUACAUAAUAUUAUUACAAUUGUCAUUCUUUUAAAACUACCCUGCAUAUUAUUCAUUCUCAAAUUGUUUGAUUAUUGUUUUGUAAUGUUUGUGAAUUGAUUUAUUCCUAAAAAAAUUCUUUUUUAUACACAAUAAAAUACUAUAUUUAUUAAUGAUUUUAGUGUGAGAUAUUAGUUGUUUAAAACUAACGUAACCUAAGUGUCUUUAAUGAAUAAAUUAUUUAUUUCUCAUA